AUGGCCAAGUAUGGAGAACAUGAGGCCAGGCCUGAUGAUGGGCAGAAUGAAUUCAGUGACAUCAUUAAGUCCAGAUCUGAUGAACACAAUGACGUGCAGAAGAAAACUUUCACCAAAUGGAUUAAUGCUCGAUUUUCAAAGAGUGGAAAACCACCCAUUAAUGAUAUGUUCACAGACCUCAAAGAUGGAAGGAAGCUCCUGGAUCUUCUGGAAGGCCUCACAGGAACGUCACUGCCAAAGGAACGUGGUUCCACAAGGGUACAUGCUUUAAAUAAUGUCAACAGAGUGCUGCAGGUUUUACAUCAGAACAAUGUGGAUUUAGUGAAUAUAGGAGGAACUGACAUUGUGGAUGGAAAUCACAAACUGACUUUGGGGUUGCUUUGGAGCAUCAUUUUGCACUGGCAGGUAAAAGAUGUCAUGAAAGAUGUCAUGUCAGACCUGCAGCAGACAAACAGUGAGAAGAUCCUACUGAGCUGGGUGCGCCAGUCCACACGGCCAUACAGCCAGGUCAACGUCCUCAAUUUCACCACCAGCUGGACAGAUGGCCUCGCCUUUAAUGCCGUGCUCCACCGACAUAAACCUGAUCUCUUCAACUGGGAUAGAGUUGUCAAAAUGUCCCCAAUUGAGAGACUUGAACAUGCCUUCAGCAAGGCUCAAACUUAUUUGGGAAUUGAAAAGCUGUUAGAUCCUGAAGAUGUUGCUGUUCAGCUUCCUGACAAGAAAUCCAUAAUUAUGUAUUUAACAUCUUUGUUUGAGGUGCUUCCUCAGCAAGUCACAAUAGAUGCCAUCCGUGAAGUAGAGACACUCCCAAGGAAAUAUAAGAAAGAAUGCGAAGAAGGAGAAAUUAGUAUACGGAGCUCAGCGCCGGAGGAAGAGCACGAGAGUCCCCGAGCUGAAACCCCCAGCACUGUCACCGAGGUGGAUAUGGGUCUGGACAGCUAUCAGAUAGCCCUGGAGGAAGUGCUGACCUGGUUGCUUUCUGCUGAGGAUACUUUCCAGGAGCAGGAUGAUAUUUCCGACGAUGUGGAAGAAGUCAAACGCCAGUUUGCUACCCAUGAAGAUUUUAUGAUGGAGCUGACAGCACACCAGAGCAGUGUGGGGAAUGUCCUGCAGGCAGGAAACCAGCUGAUAACACAAGGAACUCUGUCAGAUGAAGAGGAAUAUGAGAUUCAGGAACAAAUGGGCUUGCUGAAUGCUAGAUGGGAGGCACUUAGGGUGGAUAGUAUGGACAGACAGUCCCGGCUGCACGAUGUGCUGAUGGAAUUGCAGAAGAAACAGCUGCAGCAGCUCUCCGCCUGGUUGACACUCACGGAGGAACGCAUUCAGAAGAUGGAAACCUGCCCCCUGGAUGAUGAUUUAAAAUCCCUACAAAAGCUGCUAGAAGAUCAUAAACGUUUGCAAAAUGAUCUUGAGGCUGAACAGGUGAAGGUAAAUUCACUGACGCACAUGGUCGUGAUUGUUGAUGAAAACAGUGGUGAGAGCGCUACGGCUGUUCUCGAAGAUCAGUUACAGAAACUUGGUGAACGCUGGACGGCAGUGUGCCGUUGGACUGAGGAACGUUGGAAUAGGUUACAAGAAAUCAAUAUAUUGUGGCAGGAAUUAUUGGAAGAACAGUGCUUGUUGAAAGCUUGGCUAACUGAAAAAGAAGAGGCUUUAAAUAAAGUCCAGACGAGCAACUUCAAAGACCAAAAGGAACUAAGUGUCAGCAUUCGACGACUGGCUAUUUUGAAAGAAGACAUGGAAAUGAAACGUCAGGCCUUGGAUCAGCUGAGUGAGAUUGGUCAGGAUGUGAGUCAAUUACUUGAUAAUCCCAAGGCAUCUAAGAAGAUCAACAGUGACUCAGAGGAACUAACUCAGAGAUGGGAUUCUUUGGUUCAGAGACUAGAAGAUUCCUCCAACCAGGUGACUCAGGCUGUAGCAAAGCUGGGGAUGUCCCAGAUUCCUCAGAAGGAUCUUUUGGAGACUGUUCGCGUAAGAGAACAAGUAACUACAAAAAGGUCUAAGCAAGAACUGCCUCCUCCUCCUCCCCCAAAGAAGAGACAGAUUCCUGUGGAUUUGGAAGCUAAGAAAAAGUUUGACGCUGUAAGUGCUGAGCUGUUGAGCUGCAUUUUGAAAUCAAAGACUGCCAUUCAGGCCACAGAGAUAAAAGGGUAUAAGAAGAUGCAAGAGACUUCAGAAGUGAAAAAGAAGUUGAAGGCAUUAGAAAAAGAACAGACAGAAAGAAGCCCCAGACUGAAUGAAUUAAACCAAACUGGACAGAUCCUUUUGGAGCAAAUGGGAAAAGAAGGUAUUCCUACUGAAGAAAUAAAAAACGUUCUGGAGAAGGUAUUCUCAGAAUGGAAGGAUGUAUCUCAGCAUUUGGAAGAUCUGGCAAGAAAGAUUCAGCUACAGGAAGAUAUAAAUGCUUACUUUAAGCAGCUUGAUGAUCUUGAAAAGACUGUAAAGACAAAAGAGGAGUGGGUAAAACACACUCCCUUUUCAGAAUCUCCCCAACAGUCCUUGCAGAGCUUGAAGGACUCCUGUCAGCGGGAACUGACAGAUCUCCUCAGCCUCCACCCCAAAAUUGAAAAGGUGCGUGCAGGUUGCUCAGCCCUGAAGUCUCAGCGCUCCACCCCGGAUUUUGUCCAGCAGGGCUUUGAUACCUUUCUGGGCCACUACCACGCUGUGCAACAGGAAUUAGAGCAUCGUCAGCAGCAGCUAGAGAACGAACUGAAGAGCCAACCUGGACAUGCAUAUUUGGAAGCAUUGAAAACACUGAAAGAUAUACUAAAUGAUUCAGAAAGUAAGGCCCAGACAUCUUUGAAUGUCUUGAAUGAUCUCAUAAAGGUGGAGAAAACCCUGCAGGAGAAAAAGGCUCUUGAUGAAAUCCUUGAGAAUCAAAAACCUACAUUAUAUAAACUUGCAGAAGAAACAAAGGCUUUGGAGAAAAAUGUUUCUCCAGAUGUAAAAACAAUGUAUAAGCAAGAAUUUGAUGAUGUUCAGGGAAAGUGGAACAAACUAAAGGUCAAGGUUUCCAAAGAUCUUCAUUUGCUUGAAGAAAUUACUCCCAAACUUGGAGCUUUUGAGGCUGAUUUGAAAGUCAUUGAGAAGUGGAUGGAUGGUGUGAAAGACUUCUUAAUGAAAGAGCAGGCUGUCCAAGGAGAUGCUGAAGGGCUACAGCGUGAGCUUGACCAGUGCUCUGCCUUUGUUAAUGAAAUAGAAACAAUCGAAUCAUCUCUGAAAGACAUGAAGGAAAUAGAGGCCGACCUUCGAAGCUAUCCAGUUGCUGGAAUCAAAACUUGGAUACAGACAAAACUAGUUGACUGUCAAACCCAAGUGGAGAAAUUCAGCAAGGAGAUUGCUAUUCAAAAAACUAGGUUGUCUGAAAGUCAGGAAAAAGCUGUGAACCUGAAGAAAGACUUGGCAGAGAUGCAGGAAUGGAUGGCCCAGGCAGAAGAAGAAUACCUCGAGAGGGAUUUUGAGUACAAGUCACCAGAAGAGCUGGAGAGUGCAGUGGAAGAAAUGAAGAGGGCAAAAGAGGAUGUGUUGCAGAAGGAGGUGAGAGUGAAGAUCCUCAAGGACAAUAUCAAGUUACUAGCUGCAAAGGUGCCCUCUGGUGGCCAGGAACUGACAUCUGAGCUUAAAGUUGUGCUGGAGAAUUACCAACUUCUGUGUAACAGAAUUCGAGGAAAGUGCCACACGCUAGAGGAGGUAUGGUCUUGCUGGAUUGAACUGCUUCACUAUUUGGAUCUGGAGACCACUUGGCUGAGCACUUUGGAGGAGCGGAUGAAGAGCACAGAGGCACUGCCCGAGAAGACAGAUGCCGUCAAUGAAGCACUGGAGUCUCUGGAAUCUGUUUUGCGACAUCCAGCAGAUAAUCGCACUCAGAUUCGAGAACUUGGCCAGACUCUGAUUGAUGGAGGGAUUCUUGAUGAUAUAAUCAGUGAGAAACUGGAGGCUUUUAAUAGUCGAUAUGAAGAACUGAGUCACUUGGCAGAGAGCAAGCAGAUUUCCUUGGAAAAGCAACUCCAGGUCCUGCGGGAAACUGACCACAUGCUUCAGGUCUUGCAAGAGAGCUUAGGGGAGCUGGACCAACAGCUCACAACGUACUUGACUGACAGGAUAGAUGCCUUCCAGGUUCCUCAGGAAGCUCAGAAAAUCCAAGCAGAGAUCUCGGCCCAUGAGUUAACUCUGGAGGAGUUGAGGAAAAAUGCACGUUCCCAGCCUCCGACGUCCCCAGAAGGCAGGAACGCCAGGGGAGGAAGUCAGAUGGAUGUGCUCCAGAGGAAACUUCGAGAGGUGUCCACAAAGUUCCAGCUUUUCCAGAAGCCUGCUAACUUUGAACAGCGCAUGCUUGAUUGCAAGCGUAUCCUGGAUUGUGUGAAAGCAGAGCUUCAUGUUCUGGAUGUGAAGGAUGUGGAUCCUGAUGUCAUACAGAACCAUCUGGACAAGUGUAUGAAACUCUAUAAAACAUUGAGUGAAGUCAAGCUUGAAGUGGAGACUGUAAUCAAAACAGGAAGGCACAUUGUCCAGAAGCAACAAACUGACAACCCCAAGGGGAUGGAUGAGCAGUUGACUUCGCUGAAGAUUCUCUACAAUGACCUGGGUGCCCAGGUGACAGAGGGAAAACAGGAACUGGAAAGAGCAUCACAGUUGGCCCGGAAAGUGAAGAAAGAGGCUGCUUCUCUCUCUGAGUGGCUCUCUGUCACCGAAGCUGAGUUGGUACAGAAAUCCACUUCAGAAAGUUUGCUUGGCGACUUGGAUAUAGAAAUCUCCUGGGCUAAAAAUAUCCUGAAGGAUCUGGAAAAGAGAAAAGCUGAUUUAAAUGCCAUCACAGAGAGUAGUACUGCCCUCCAGAACUUGAUCGAGGGCAGUGAGCCUGUUUUAGAAGAGAGGCUUUGUGUCCUUAGGGCUGGGUGGAGCCGCGUCCGUACCUGGACAGAGGACUGGUGCAGUACGCUGAUGAAUCAUCAGAACCAAUUGGAAAUAUUUGAUGGAAAUGUUGCUCACAUAAGUACCUGGCUUUAUCAAGCUGAAGCUUUAUUGGAUGAGAUUGAAAAAAAACCAGCAAGCAAACGGGAAGAAAUUGUGAAGCGUUUAAUAUCUGAGCUGGAUGAUGCCAGCCUCCAAGUUGAAAAUGUUCGUGACCAAGCUGUUGUUUUGAUGAAUACACGUGGAGGCGCAAGCAGGGAACUUGUAGAACCAAAAUUAGCUGAACUGAAUAGAAACUUUGCAAAGGUUUCUCAACAUAUCAAAAGUGCCAAAUUGCUAAUUGGCCAGGAACCAUUAUCAUACCAGUGUCUGGUCACCACCGAAGCACAUGAAACUGAUGUACUUUUCGCUGACCUGGAAAAAUUAGAAAUUGACAUAGAAAAUAUGUUAAAAGUUGUGGAAAAACACUUGGAAUUCAGUGAUGAAGAUGAAAAGAUGGAUGAAGAGAGAGCCCAGGUUGAGGAAGUUCUACAAAGAGGAGAACAAAUGUUACAUGAACCUAUGGAGGAGAAUAAAAAGGAAAAGAUCCGUUUGCAGUUACUACUUUUGCGUACAAAGUACAAUAAAACUAAGGCAGUCCCUAAUCAACAGAGGAGAACAGGUCAGCUUGCUCCUGGAAUUCGAUCGCCCCCUCCUCCCACAGAUUAUCUGGUUGAAAUUAACAAAGUUUUACUUUCCAUGGAUGAUACUGAAUUAUUACUUAAUGCUCCAGAGCUAAACACUGUGGUCUAUGAAGACUUCUCUUUUCAGGAAGACUCUUUGAAGAAUAUCAAAGAUCAACUGGACAAACUCGGAGAACAGAUUGCCAUCAUUCAUGAAAAACAACCAGAUGUUAUUCUUGAAGCCUCUGGACCUGAAGCCAUUCAGAUCCGGGAUACACUUACUCAGUUGAAUGCAAAAUGGGACAGAAUUAAUAGAAUGUACAAUGAUCGUAAAGGUUAUUUUGAUAGGUCUAUGGAAGAAUGGAGACAGUUCCACUGUGACCUUAAUGACCUCACACAGUGGCUAACAGAGGCUGAAGAGUUACUGGCUGAAACCUUUGCUCCCGAUGGUGGCCUGGACUUGGAGAAAGCCAGGAUGCACCAGCAGGAACUCGAAGAGGGAAUCAGCAGCCACCAGCCCAGUUUUGCAGCCCUAAACAGAACUGGGGAUGGGAUUGUACAGAAACUCUCCCCCACAGAUGGAAGCUUCUUGAAAGACAAGCUGGCAGGUUUAAACCAGCGCUGGAGUGUGAUCUUUGCGGAAGUGAAGGACCGGCGGCCAAGGCUAAAAGGAGUGAGUAAGCAGGUGAUGGAAUAUAGAAAAAGACUAGAUGAUAUUAUCUGUUGGUUAUCAAAGACUGAGAGUGCUGUGCAAAAGAGAUCAACUACUGAGCUGGAAGAAAACCUGCAAGAAUUAACAGACUUAACCCGGGAGAUGGACAUCCAAGCUGAAAAACUCAAAUGGCUGAAUAGAACUGAGUUGGAAGUGCUUUCAGAUAAAAGUCUGAGCUUACAUGAAAGACAAAAAAUUUCAGAAAGCUUAAGAACUGUAAAUUCAACGUGGAAUAAGAUAUGCAGAGAAGUGCCUACCACAUUGAAGGAACGCAUCCAGGAACCCAGUUCUGUGUCUCAGACAAGAAUGGCUGCUCAUCCUAAUGUCCAAAAGGUGGUGCUAGAAUCAUCUGCGUCCGAUAUUCCUGUUCUGUCUCCUCGUACUUCGGAAAUUUCAAUUCCUGCUGAUCUGGAUAAAACCAUAACAGAACUAGCUGACUGGCUGGUCCUGAUCGACCAGAUGUUGAAAUCCAACAUUGUCACUGUCGGGGAUGUAGAAGAGAUCAAUAAGACAGUUUCCCGAAUGAAAAUCACGAAGGCUGACUUAGAGCAACGCCAUCCUCAGCUUGAUUGUGUUUUCACAUUGGCACAGAAUUUGAAAAAUAAAGCUUCUAGUUCAGAUGUGAGAACAGCAAUCACAGAAAAAUUGGAAAAGGUCAAGAACCAGUGGGAUAGCACUCAGCAUGGUGUCGAGUUAAGACAGCAGCAGCUGGAGGACAUGAUUAUCGACAGUCUUCAGUGGGAUGAUCACAGGGAAGAAACCGAGGAGCUCAUGAGAAAAUAUGAGGCUCGACUCUACAUUCUCCAACAAGCUCGAAGGGAUCCACUCAUCAAGCAAAUUUCUGAUAAUCAAAUAUUGCUUCAAGAACUGGAUCCUGGCGAUGGUAUUGUAAUGGCAUUCGAUAAUGUCCUGCAGAAGCUGCUGGAGGAAUAUGGUAGUGAUGACACCAGGAAUGUGAAGGAAACCACCGAGUACUUAAAAACAUCAUGGAUCAACCUCAAACAAAGCGUUGGCGACAGACAGAGCGCCUUGGAAGCUGAACUGAGGACAGUGCAGGCCUCUCGUAGGGAUCUGGAGAACUUCCUGAAGUGGAUACAAGAAGCAGAGACCACAGUGAACGUGCUUGCAGAUGCCUCUCAGCGGGAGAAUGCUCUUCAGGACAGCGGCUUGGCCAGGGAGCUCGCACAGCAGAUGCAGGACAUCCAGGCAGAAAUUGAUGCACAUAAUGACAUAUUUAAAAGCAUUGAUGGAAACAGGCAGAAGAUGGUAAAAGCUUUGGGAAAUUCUGAAGAGGCUACAAUGCUUCAACAUCGACUAGAUGAUAUGAACCAAAGAUGGAAUGACUUGAAAGCAAAAUCUGCCAGCAUCAGGGCCCACUUGGAGGCCAGUGCUGAGAAAUGGAACAGGUUGCUGACGUCUUUAGAAGAAUUGAUCAAAUGGCUGAAUAUUAAAGACGAAGAGCUUCAAAAGCAAAUGCCGAUUGGAGGGGAUGUUCCAGCCUUACAGCUCCAGUAUGAUCACUGUAAAGCCCUGAGACGUGAGUUAAAGGAGAAAGAGUAUUCUGUCCUGAAUGCAAUAGACCAAGCUCGAGUUUUCCUGGCUGAUCAGCCAAUUGAGGCCCCUGAAGAACCAAGAAGAAACCUACAAUCAAAAACAGAAUUGACUCCUGAGGAGAGGGCCCAAAAGAUUGCCAAGGCCAUGCGCAAACAGUCCUCUGAAGUCAAAGAGAAGUGGGAAAGUCUAAACGCUGUCACUAGCAAUUGGCAAAAGCAAGUAGACAAGGCAUUGGAGAAGCUCAGAGAUCUGCAGGGUGCCAUGGAUGACCUAGACGUUGACAUGAAGGAGGUGGAGGCUGUACGGAAUGGCUGGAAGCCCGUGGGCGACUUACUCAUCGACUCACUGCAGGAUCACAUUGAAAAAACCAUGGCAUUUAGAGAAGAAAUUGCACCAAUCAACUUAAAAGUUCAAACAGUGAAUGAUUUAUCCAGUCAGCUGUCGCCACUUGACCUACAUCCAUCUUUAAAGAUGUCUCGCCAGCUAGAUGACCUUAAUAUGCGAUGGAAACUUUUGCAGGUUUCUGUGGAUGAUCGCCUUAAACAGCUUCAGGAAGCCCAUAGAGAUUUUGGGCCAUCAUCUCAGCAUUUUCUUUCUACUUCAGUCCAGCUGCCGUGGCAAAGAUCCAUUUCACAUAAUAAAGUGCCCUAUUACAUCAACCAUCAAACACAGACAACCUGUUGGGAUCAUCCUAAAAUGACUGAACUCUUCCAGUCCCUUGCUGACCUGAAUAAUGUACGUUUCUCUGCCUACCGUACAGCCAUCAAAAUCCGAAGACUACAAAAAGCUCUAUGUUUGGAUCUCUUAGAGUUGAAUACAACAAAUGAAGUUUUCAAACAGCACAAACUGAACCAGAAUGAUCAGCUUCUUAGUGUUCCAGACGUCAUCAACUGUCUGACAACAACUUAUGAUGGCCUUGAACAAAUGCAUAAGGAUCUGGUCAAUGUUCCUCUCUGUGUGGAUAUGUGUCUAAACUGGUUGCUCAACGUAUAUGACACGGGUCGAACUGGAAAAAUAAGAGUGCAGAGUCUGAAGAUUGGAUUGAUGUCUCUCUCCAAAGGUCUCUUAGAAGAAAAAUACAGAUAUCUCUUUAAGGAAGUGGCGGGACCAACAGAAAUGUGUGACCAGAGGCAGCUUGGCCUGUUACUUCAUGAUGCCAUCCAGAUCCCUCGUCAGCUGGGCGAAGUAGCAGCUUUUGGGGGCAGUAAUAUCGAACCCAGUGUCCGCAGCUGCUUCCAACAGAAUAACAACAAGCCAGAGAUAAGUGUGAAAGAGUUUAUAGAUUGGAUGCGUCUGGAGCCACAGUCCAUGGUUUGGCUACCGGUUUUACAUCGAGUGGCAGCGGCCGAAACCGCAAAACAUCAGGCCAAAUGCAACAUCUGUAAAGAAUGUCCAAUUGUUGGGUUCAGGUAUAGAAGCCUCAAGCAUUUUAACUAUGAUGUCUGCCAGAGUUGCUUUUUUUCUGGUCGAACAGCAAAAGGUCACAAAUUACAUUACCCAAUGGUGGAAUAUUGUAUACCUACAACAUCUGGGGAAGAUGUACGAGACUUCACAAAGGUGCUGAAGAAUAAGUUCAGAUCAAAGAAAUACUUUGCCAAACAUCCUCGGCUUGGCUACCUGCCUGUCCAGACAGUGCUUGAGGGUGACAACUUAGAGACUCCUGUGACACUCAUCAGCAUGUGGCCAGAGCACUAUGACCCCUCACAGUCUCCUCAGCUGUUUCAUGAUGACACCCAUUCCAGAAUAGAACAGUAUGCCACACGCCUGGCCCAGAUGGAAAGGACUAAUGGGUCUUUCCUCACUGAUAGCAGCUCUACCACAGGAAGUGUGGAGGACGAGCAUGCCCUCAUCCAGCAGUACUGUCAGACACUCGGAGGGGAGUCCCCGGUCAGCCAGCCCCAGAGCCCAGCUCAGAUCCUGAAGUCGGUAGAAAGGGAAGAACGCGGAGAACUGGAGCGGAUCAUUGCCGACCUGGAGGAAGAACAGAGAAACCUGCAGGUGGAAUAUGAGCAGCUGAAGGAGCAGCACCUGAGAAGGGGUCUCCCUGUCGGGUCACCUCCAGACUCUGUCGUGUCUCCUCACCACACAUCUGAGGACUCAGAACUUAUAGCAGAAGCAAAACUCCUCAGGCAGCACAAAGGUCGUCUGGAGGCCAGGAUGCAGAUUUUAGAAGAUCACAAUAAGCAGCUGGAGUCUCAGCUCCACCGCCUUCGACAGCUGCUGGAGCAGCCAGAAUCUGAUUCCCGAAUCAACGGUGUCUCCUCCUGGCCUUCACCUCAGCAGGCUGCACUGACCUACUCGCUGGAUCCAGACCCUGGCCCACAGUUCCACCAAGCAGCGGCGGAGGACCUGCUGGCCCCCCCCCACGACACCAGCACGGACCUCACGGAGUUUAUGGAGCAGAUCAACAGUACAUUUCCAUCUUGCUGCCCCAAUCUCCCCAGCAAACCACAGCUUGGGUCGGAGACCGGUUGGAAUUGUGGAGGAUCCCCCCUCAGCCACAGACCUCCCACAGUCCCCCAGGGAGAGAUGGAGUGCUUGCACCAGCCUAAUUCACUCAUCUUUGGUACCUCCAGCAAGAAAAAGCUGAGUGCUCUCUAUUUUCACUUGGUUUCCAGCCUGGGCAAGAGAAAAGUCUUCCAAACUUCCUCUACACUGGCUGCAAUGAUAAAAAGCAGACUAGAUGCCUUCGGGAUGAAAGAGAAAGACCUCAUCCCAGGGAGCAAAAGUCACAUGGAAGUAAAGGGUCCCCUUUGA